AUGGCGACCAAAGCAGCUAACAAACGACUAGUCAAGGAGUACGCGUCGAUACAGGAAAACGCUCCUCCUUACAUCACCGCGAAACCAGCAGAGAACAAUCUCCUGGAGUGGCAUUAUCUCAUCACAGGUCCCCCGGAGACUCCCUACGAAGGCGGACAGUACCACGGUGUGCUGCUCUUCCCAUCAGAGUAUCCCUUCAAGCCGCCGGCCAUCAAAAUGAUUACUCCAUCAGGCAGGUUCCUGCCCAACACACGACUGUGCCUGUCGAUAAGUGACUACCAUCCGGACACGUGGAACCCCGCAUGGACCGUGUCCACGAUCCUGACGGGGCUGCUGAGCUUCAUGACCUCAGAUGAACAUACUGCAGGAAGUAUGACAUCCACAGAAGCUACCAAGCGGACAUACGCCAGCGAGUCGCGCAGAUGGAACCUUCACGACAAGAGCUUCCAGACUCACUUUGGAGGAACCAAAGAGGCCGAGCCUGCUCCUUUCGUGCCACCUAGACGAAUUCCUGUGGUUGAGGCCGAGGGUUCUUCAACCGACUCCUUGGCUAAGAGCACAGUCAUCAACAAGAAGAAGCCACAAACGAACAAGCCUGCUUGGACCCUUCAACAGAAGCUUCUCGUGGUUUUGGCGGUUAUUCUCGCCUGGAUUGUGGCAGCUAGAUUCCUCGGAAAGACAGCUAACUAA